CAAAGAAUGGUUUAGAAAUGAAUCCCUUGCAGUUUAAUGAAGGAAUAAACAAUUCUAUUGGCUUUUCUGAAGGUAAUCCUCCUCCUUUUCAACAACCAUACGUUCCACCUGUUCGCUAUUUGGAAGGAGGGGAUGCACAACCAGUUGCUCCACACUUUCCAAUUCAACAACAUCAGCAACAGAGAGGAUCUAUGCAAAGACCUAGCAGCACUGAUGCAAAUAGCACAAUUGCUAAUUAUUUGAUGCAUUUUGUUGUGGACCAUGAUCGGGAAUUCAGCAAAAAAGCAAUUGAAAGUUUAAUUAAAAAAUUAAAAGACAAACGUGAUGAACUAGACGCUUUCAUUAUUUCUGUCUCUUCCCUUGGCCGGGUCGAAACAAAAUGUAUUACAACUACUCGAACACUUGACGGGCGUUUGCAGGUAGCUGGACGUAAAGGUUUCCCGCAUGUUGUCUAUGCAAGAGCAUUUCGUUGGCAUGAUUUGCAUAAGAAUGAACUUAAACACAGAAAUAUAUGUGUUUUCGCUUUUGAUUUAAAAGGCGAACAGGUGUGCGUAAAUCCUUAUCACUAUGAGAGAGUAAUUUCUAUUGAAGGAGGAACAACAGAUUUACAUUCACCAAUGACUUCAUGUGGAGAGCGUUCAGGAAUCUCUCCAGAAUGUAAACAACUUCCAUUACUCCAUCGUGGACCAGGAAGACCCCCUAAUGCUCUCAAACAACAUUUACAACAAUUAACUCCAACACAGCAAUCAAAUUCACAACAAUCUGCUAUAACAUCUGUACUACGUGCACAUUUAAGCCCCAACUUCCCAGCACAUUUGAAUACUCAACAAUUAAAUAAGCAUCAGCAGACUAAUCAAAUAAUUUCGACUCAUGUACAACAAAAACAACAAUUUAUUCAACAAAAACAAUUACCUAUAGAUCCUCAAAAUGAAAUUCCGCCAUCGACACUUCAACAUUCCCAACAAAGGCUACAAACACCUCCACACUACCCACGUUCAAAUGCACCUCUUAUAAUGUCUUCCAAUCCCGCAUCUUUAAAAAUGGCAUCUCUGCCAAGCGUCUCAGCAAUUUCUAAUCUUAUUACAAAUCAACCUCAACAUUGUCCUAUACAGCAAAAUUAUCAACAACCUCUUAGUGUUGUUAAUCCAUUUGCUGAGUUUGGUGGUAUUAUUAUGGAACCAUUGAAUUCGUCCGUUUCUAAUAGUACUUGUGGUAGUCCACGUCGAAUACUACAAUCAUCGUCACCACCGCAAGCAACUAAUUUUAUACAAACACAUCAACAACAUCCACUUCAUUACAAACAAAGCAUCUCAUAUCCCUCUUCAUUUCCACAAUUUUUGGAUCUUACGUCAACUGUAGAAAGUAAACCGAUUGUACCAAAAUAUAUUUAUGGAUUGGAUAAACUUAACAGUUCAAAAAAUAGACCGUCAAUCUCUGAUAAACCAUUUCCAAUUUAUUGGUGUGCUAUUAGUUAUUAUGAAUAUGACCGCAAAGUUGGAGAUACAUUCCAGGCAAAUUCUGAGUUUUCCAAAGUUUUUAUUGAUGGUGGUCUGAAUAGUUCUGAUGGUUCUAGAUUUUGUCUGGGGUCAUUGACAAAUACUGUUCGAACUGAUGCUGCUGAAAAGUGCAGAAUGAAUCUUGGCCGUGGUGUUUGUCUUAUGUUGAAAGGGGAGGGCGAUGUUUGGUUAACUGUUUUAAGUAAAUAUCCCGUAUUUGUUCAAAGUCACUAUUUGGACAUGUUAACUGGCCGUGAAGAACCUUGCCAUGCACAUAAAUUUGUUCAAUACACGACUAUUUUUGAUCUUCAAAAAUGUUAUGAAUGUUGGGAACAUAGCAGUUUGGAAAGAAAUGUCAAUAGACGCUUGAGGCAGGAUCAAAUGAUGAGAAGACAGCAACGAUUAGAAUUGGGUGCUCCACUUGUUGGUGAAGGAAGCAAUCAUCAACUUGGAGCAAUUAGAACUAGUGAAAGGAGUGAUGAAGAAACCACAACAGAUGAUCCCGGCGUUGAUGAUUUUCGUCUUUUGUGUACUUUAAAUAUUUCUUUUUUUAAAGGAUUUGGAUUAAGUUACCCUCGUCGAACAAUUCAUGAAACGCCUUGUUGGAUAGAAUUGCAAUUACAUCGGUAUUUAUAA